CUCUCUAUAGAUCUUGCUACUCUACAGUUCUCUACAGUUCUCUACAGUCAAAAUGAGAAAAGUGCUGUGCAUUAGAAAGAGAAAAAAAAGAUUAUAGCAGAUCUGUAAUUUCACGGUAGAAGACUGACAAGUUGUGUGACAACUUAACUUAUUUAAUUUUAGUAUGUAUACAUGGAUUUUGGUAACUGCUUAUUGUAGUAGGUUUGUGUUUACUAUUGAACGAUGAAAAAAUCAUUUGUUGAAAUAAACAAACGUACCAUGGCGAAAUCAAACGAGAGUAUCAAGGACUGAUCAGGAUCACAUUCAAUAUAAAUUAGCGAAAUUAUGAGCGAUCAAUUAUCAGAGUUGCAGGCAAUUCUGAAGAAUUGCUUGGCAACGCUUCAAGAACCUAUAAUAUUUCGAAAUAUGUUGCGACAAUCUGACGGUUCAUACGAGUGGCAAUUACUCCGAUGGAGCCUUUCGGAACUCGUUGAGGUAUUUGGAGAUAAGGCAUUGCCAUUCAGAAUUGGGGAUCAUAAUAAGCGUACGUGUUCCCUUCAACAUCGUAAUUGGAAUGUAAGCCCUCCUGUGAAACCUGUUGAUUUAACAUUAGAACAGUUUGUUAAGAAUUCAGAAAGAUUGAAAUACAAUAAAUGGUUAUACUACGAUUACAAGCAUUUGCGUCAAUGCUUUCUGGAUAAACCAGAAAUUAUAAACUCCUUUAAUUGGCUCAAGUUUGGAAUUGAUGAGGAAUUAGGACGAAAUGGAUCAAAUUCUACGAUGUGGAUUGGAAGCAAAGGUGCUCAUACUGAUUGUCACCAGGACACUUAUGGUUACAAUUUGGUAGCGCAAAUACAUGGCAGGAAACUGUGGUUGCUUUAUCCACCAAAUAAUGAUCUGAUACCAGUUAGACUUCCUUAUGAAGAAUCAACUAUAUAUAGCAGAUUUAAUAUAUAUUGCCUCAAUGAAGAGGAAGAAGAGUGUUUAUUAACGCUAACAGAUAAACCAAAAUUAAUAAUUCUUGAGCCUGGAGAUGUUUUAUUUAUACCUAAUGGCUGGUGGCAUUAUGUGGAAUCUUUAGAUUCUGUUAGUAUAAGUGUUAAUAUAUGGGGAAAAUUGGAACAAGAUAAUAAAGCGAGAGUCAAAGAAGCUCUUGUUAAAUUGUUAAUAGCUAAAAUAGGAGACUAUAAACAAUUUACAGUUAAAAAAACUACAUUUUAUACAACGCAGGUUGAACAUGCUAUCAAUAGGUGCGUGAGUAAUGAACCCACAAAUGAAAGCGAAGAUUCGCCUUCAGAAAGCUGUAUAAAAAAAUUUAAGCCUGACAUGUGGAGUGCAAAAAGUUUAGCAGAACAAUACCCUACUUAUGUCGAACUUGUACCUGACGCAGAAGCCCGCAAAUUUGAGGAAUUCCUUCGAGAAAGACGAAACAGAGACAAAGAUAAAUAUCCGCCGGACAGAGAAACUGCAUCCGCAGAUUGUAUACCCAAUCCUCAAUACGAUUCAUUUGUAGAAUCUAUUAUCAAUGCUUUGUGUCAUCCAGAAGUUAUUGAUAAAGCAGCAGAAGUAUUAUUAGAAAGACACUAUUAAUCUGUUUCAAUUAAUUUAUGUAAUUAGUAAUAUUGGAUUAUAUUAUUAUUUUGUUAUAUUAUAAU